CUUUCGGGAGUUCUUAUGUACAGUCUGUCUUUUUGACAACAUGUGGAAUAUUUGAAAAUCGGAACGAUUGUCAGGAGGGAAUAUAGAAUGUGCGGCGGUCUAAAGUUUAUUGGUUAAGUUAUGAAGUUGGGAAAUCACGGAAAGAUUGCUAUUGGUUGGGCCGUUAUCACUGUAGUCGGGAUUUAUUCAUUUGUCCUAUCGAAAAGGUCCGUGGAUCAGCAGCGCAUUGAGAGUAUGCGAAUAAGAGAUCGCAUGCGAAAAUCAAACUACGGUGAAUACGAGGCCAGCACAAGAAAAUUCUAAUUGUUAUAUUGAACGAGAAAAGUUGACUACAAUCAGA